ACGAUCUCUCUGUCUACUCUGCUCCCCUCUCUUCUUCUCCCAUGAUCCCACUGUCUACUCUGCUCCACACUCUUCCUCUCCCAUGAUCUCUCUGUCUACUCUGCUCCCCUCUCUUCUUCUCCCAUGAUCCCACUGUCUACUCUGCUCUACACUCUUCCUCUCCCAUGAUCCCUCUGUCUACUCUGCUCCACACUCUUCCUCUCCCAUGAUCUCUCUGUCUACUCUGCUCCCCGCUCUUCUUCUCCCAUGGUCCCUCUGUCUACUCUACUCCCCACUCUUCCUCUCCCAUGGGAGCCGCUUAAUUUGUGCCCAGUUGGAAUUCUUCCCCAGCCCAGAGAGCAGAAGUCAACCUUAGUUAAAGCUCACUUGCAGAGCUUUCCCCCCCGGGAACUAGGGAUGGUCAUUGUACCUUUAAGAAGGAAAAGAAUCAUGCCAGACUGACAGUUAACUGAAUGACAGAAAGAAUCGUUGAGACUCCCAUGAGAGAGAGAAUUUGACUUCUAAACUGACAAACUCCCAAGGGAAAGGACCUUCGGGGGAAACUCCAACCUCGGAAGAGGUUGGGACUCAGAAUUAGCUGAUGGAGAGACCGUGAGAGGACUCCCACAAGCAGCCGGUAUUAUCAGACGCUUCAUGGAGCAUUAGCUCUGAUUUGUUUUCUAUGGGACUGUUUCUCGAAAUGAGAAAGAGUUAAAGGGGGUGCAAACUGUGUUGUCAUGGAGAUUUGGUGCCAGCAAGAAACAAAAGACUCACUUAAGACCCAAAGGCCCACUUAAGGCAGGACCAUGGCCCUGAAGGCCGAGCCCGCGCCGCCGGACUGCAUCCAGGUGACGCUCAAGUGCGAGGACGUGGAGGAGGUCCGAGUGGAGGACGACGGGGACGAGGGCGAGGACGGGGGGUCCCGGGCCCAGGCCCCCACGGGCCGCUGGCCCCCGCCGCGCCGCCGCCGCGCCCUUCCGCCCGCCGGGCCUCCCCCCGAGCCCUCCAUCCCCAUCCCCGCGGCGCUGCGGGAGCCCGUGCUCCGAGUGGGCCAGCCCGAGAACGUCCCCCUCCCUGGGCAGUGCCAGCCCGAGACCAGCGCCGCCGGGAGCGAGGAGGCCGAGCCCCUGCAGUCAUGGGAGCAGGAAUACCUGGUGGGCAACAGCCCGGGGGGCAGCGGCCGCGCCCUGUGCAUGGUGUGCGGCCAGGAGCUCCCCACACCUUCGGCCCGAAGUGCCCGGCGGCACAUCCUCCGCCAGCACCCCCACACCCUGGGCCUGAGCCCCGGUGAGAAGAGCAACAUCCUGGAGGCCUGGAGUGAGGGCGUGGCCCUGCUGGACUCCUUGGAGUCGCCCUCACCCCCCAGCACAGACCCUCCUGAGACACCGGCCGAGAUCGUGGUGCUUCUGGACUCCGAGGAGAAGCCUGAAUCCCAGCUAAUCCGGAACCGGCCUCGGGGACUCCGACCUCUGCAGCCUCCACCACCUGUCCCCCCAGUGGUCGACGUAGGGACCAAGAAGGUGCGGACCCAGCGAUGUAAGGAGGUAUCCGGGGAGGCCCCUCCCAAGAAGAAGAAGGGCAGGGGCAGGACCUCCGGCAAGGCGAAGGCUGUGGCCAGGCCCUUGUUCCAAAGCCCAGAACUCCUCCCCAUCCCUCAUGUCACCUUAGAGCCCUUCUCGGCGCCCACCGAGGUCCGGCACUUCACGGACGGCAGCUUCCCCCCGGGCUUCGUCCUGCAACUCUUCUCUCACAGCCAGCUGAAAGCCUCCAAGGCCAGGGCCGCCCCCCUGGCCCCCAAGGAGGGAGAGCCGGUGGCCCAGGAGAGCCCCAAGCCCCCUCAGAGCCCCUCCCCAGCUCCCUCUGCGGGGCUCCGAGGGACGCUGGACCUGCAGGUGGUCCGAGUGCGCCUGGAGGAGCCCCCGGCGGUCAGCCUGCUUCAGGAGUGGUCCAAGGCACCCCAGGGGCCCCGGACGGCGGCCAAUGAGUCCCCGGGCUGGCAGGCCGUGCUGGCUGAGUCCAGCGUGGCCGCCCGGGAACAGCCCGAGGCUGGGCAGGGGGUGUAAGGGCUGCUGCAGGGGGAGGGGCUUCUCGCCCCUCCCCCGCAGACCAGCCCGUCCAUCAGAAGACUCUGAUGGAGCCAAGCACUUGAGCAGGGGGGAGACGCUGCUUCUGCUCCCCCCGGACGCUGCUACGGGUCUGGGGUCCGCACUGCCGGGCCACCGCUGUCCUUGCACUAGGGUUCAGUGUCGAUGGAGAGCGAGAACUCCUUUGACCCACUGUGUUUACCCUUCCUUUCCCCACUUCCCCACUUCCCGCCGGCACAGUGCCUUACAUAGGAGGUGGGCACAAGGGGGGACCCACUGGAGCCCUCCACUACCUCGGGGGGAGCCUCCUCUCCCCCCACCUCCUCCUGGCCCUCCCGACAGGGAGUUCCAUCACUUCUUUUCCCUCCCCCCCAGCAGGGCAGGGGGAGCUCCGGGGUGGGGGGAGCUCUGGAGACUCCAGGCUCUGCCCACUUUCACUCUGCCCACCCAGCCUCUCCUCCCCCAGGUCUUUCCCUUUGUACAUACCCCUUUGUUGACAAUAAAUUAUUAUUUUUUAUGAAGUAAA